UAAACAUUUACUGAAUUGACUGUUUAUUAUCAUUAUUUGUUCGCUAAAUAUAUACAUAUCUUUAUCCACAAUCAUUUGGAUCAUAUGCGCGAAACGGUCAUUGUUCGUGCUGUGUGAAAUAUUUUCGUUAAUCGCAAUGGAACCAUCGUUCGAGUUAUGUUCAAAUGAUGUGAACAGCCUACUGCCACACUUGAAGCAGAGGUUACUGUCGAGUACGGGGAGCGCACAGAUGACGAUAGAGUUCAUAUUAUCUUUGUUGAAAAAUACGACCGAAUCUAUUCAGGACAUUAUCGUGGAGAAACUCGUUAAUUUCGACGUAAUAUCCGUUAUGUGCGACGUUAUGCAAACGUUGGAUGACAAUUUCGUCAAAGUCGUUCUCGAAUGCUUCGAGCUCGCAAGUACGCACAAGAAAUUUUAUGAGAAUCAUGCCGCCAUGAACGCUGUAGAAUCGAUGUUACGACUCACUUAUUGUGUAAAUAAGUCACUCAAAGACUUAACGUUGUUCGAAAAGCUCGUACAAGGCAUUUGUAACGUGCUCGUUAGAUCGUCGGAAUUGGCUGUAGAUUUCGACGACGUGUGCGUUUCGCAACAAAUCUUGCUGCUUGUGAAAAACCUAGAUAUGAGCGACUUGCAGCGAGACAAGUUGAAGUUUACGGUCGUGACAAUACUAAACGUUGUACUGCAGCGCACGGCUUUCGAUGAGUUCACCGACGAAAACAUGGUCAUUGACCUAUGUCGAGACGCCCUAAAGUCAAUGACGGAAAUUGUGAAAUAUGGCGAGGACGACAACAUGAUUUUGCUCGCUGCAGUGAUACUAUGUGGCACUUGUGCCGGCGGCUCCCGGUUCUGCUGUGCCAAUCUUGCGCGGGAUGAUCAGAUUGAUGAUAACCUUGUGGUUCGCCAGAAGAUGUCCGAGUUAUCAGACUCCAUUUACCAUGUGACGAUGACAAUAAUUAUACCCUACGUGAAAAAUGCGGUCUUGUCUCGCAUAGACCCGGUCGUAUUUCAUCGGGACUUCGUUUCCUGCUUGAACAACCUGUAUCAGCUGAAAAGCUGCAAUCAUGACUUGUCGAACCAUUUGGCCGCCAAUGGUUAUCUCAAAUAUUUCCUGUAUUUGACCGUACAGCUGCCGGAAAAUUUAGGGAGGAACAUUUGCAUAUUGCUAUCGCGGAUCCUAAACAUCCUCGGCAAAAAGAUAUUCUCCAAAGAAGCGAAUAUGUUCACGAAUAUUUUGCGCCAAGGUCUUCUUGAGUUGCCGAAAGAUUCCGUGGAUCAAUGGAAUAAUGCGAUAGCGCGUCACGGGAAAGCUGGAACUGCGCUUUUGAUCUUGCUGUACUAUCAUUUUCACGGCACUCGAGAAAAUGACAUAGUGUCUCUGCAGUCGUUAAUCGCCCGAGUUAUGCUACUGUCGCCGUCUAAAGUGAUAUCAGUCUCUGUUUUAAAACCGUUAUGGUUCUUGUUCGCUGUGACGUCUAUAUCAUAUCCGUGUCCUAGUUCGGUAAAGUAUUAUGAUAAAGCGGUUGUUCAUUUGACGAGAAUCCUACAUAAUUCGCAAAUCAACGAAUUUUACACUCACCAUAUUGAUCUUCUGCACCAUUGUCUCGUAUGUCUUGAGUUUCCGCAAUAUGUGCUGAAACAAGUCUUAGACUUGUGGUUGAAGGAGUCUGACGGUGAUAUAAAGCCGUUGUUGGCGUUUAAUUGCGACAAAGUGGUUCGUCACUUAUUGGUCAUUGUGCAGGCUGGUCGCCCGCAGAGUCUUAUGAACUUAGCUGCGAAAGCACUUCGUCAUUUGAUUCAGAUCAGUGAUCGCUAUGUCGAACAAAUUGCGGAUAUCGUGUGGCACGUGCUGCCUAAUAUUCUUUCAUCGUACGAGUCAAAUACCGUUGUGCAUGUUGAGGCAGUUUUGGAAUUAGCUAAUAUUACUCAACCGUAUACAAUACCGAUAUAUCUCAUUGAGCGUGGCGCCAAUAGUAUUACCAACAUUGUAUUGAAGAAGACUACGAAUUUGAAAUUUAUGACUUCGGUGAUAAAGCAAGCGUAUAUAUUUCUAGUGGUUGCUGUGUCACGUAAAUCAUUCAAAGUGCUUCGAAUCUACUUAAAGAAUGCUGCGCUACUAAAGAAUCUGUAUAUUUACGGAUUUUCGAAGGAAAGAUCGGAAUUAUCGUCGAUCAGCGUGAAGUUGCUUGCGUUCAUAGUUCAUUGUCAGAAGAGAUCCGUGAUUAAGUGCAAACAGUCGUUGAUCGUCCAUGUGAAAAGCUUGGUCGAAUUGUUAACGUACACGUCAAAAUCGCCAUGCUGCGUAAUGAAUGGAAUGCAAUUUAUAUGUGAGCUUUUAACACAGAAUUUUGACGGAUCGGCUGUUACUUUACAAAAGAUUGUGGCUAAUACCGAAGAUGCGGAUAUGAUUAUCAACCUCUAUGAACUUCUUCAUAUCAUUCAUGCGCAGAAAGAUUCUGCGCAAAGAGACAUGACGUAUCAAUGUUUAACGGCUUUGUUGGACUUUUGCUAUACCGAAAUGGUGGCGCUGAUACCCCAUCUCUGCGCAGUAAUGAGUAAUUAUGAUCUCGUCUUCAAUGUCACGAACACGCGCCACGUGUCAUGUCAUUUUGUGAAGUUUGCCUCCGCGUGGCUUUGUUAUCGCAAGACGAGUUGUAAUGAUGCAUUAUGGAACUCCAGAUCGUUGUACAGGUCACCUUUUGACGAAGUUUUGGUCUACCUUAAAGAGUAUUCCAUAAUAAUUAAUACCAAGGGCUUGAAAGACGCUUAUCUGGAAUUACAGCACGCGUUGUUGCAGUAUUCGAGUGAACAAUAAUAAAACUUGUAGAUCAUAUUACUUUAUAUUACAGUACAAAUGGUUUAUAUAAAUUUAAUAAAGUUACAA